AUGCCUCGCGCAGUCCGAGGUUUGCUGAUUGAGUGUGAUCCUUCCAUUAAGGCCAUGAUCCUGAAGUACGAUGAAGAGCGACAUGACUACAUAGUCGAGGACUUGGAUGAUGAAAACCAUUUGGUUAUCAAGGAGAGCCAGCUAGAGAACCUCAAGGUUCGCCUGGAUCAGGACCUCGAUGAGAAGAUCAUGCAGCUGGAUGAAUCUGAAUCCGAAUAA